AUGCAUCUCCAUUCCUUCCAAUCGGCAAUAGGGUGCAAGGGACUCAACGACGAAGGGCAAUGCUUGCUAUUCCCAUCCUCCCUUACCGAAGCAGCAUUGAAUUGGUUCUACCGUCUGGAGCCGGGAACGAGAGAAGACGAGCCGCUAUGGGAAUACGCUGCACACUUCAGUCAUGAAUAUUCAAGGUGUCCAGAAACAGACGAUAGGGCAGCCUACGGUGCCUUCAAGAGUGGCCUUCAGUCCUCACACUUCCGGUAUCUUGUGCACAGUAGCAAUUGGUGCACUUACGACGAACUGAUGAAGCAAGCGGUAAUCCACGCCAAGGCUGAGUAUUUCAACUCAAAGUCCGGGCCUUCGGCUCGAUAA